UGGAAACAAACGUACGAUCAAUUUCAGACAAAAGUUCGAGCAAGAAAAAUGUUUCAAAACAGUUACAACGAGAAGCAUUACAUGAUAUAUUCUCUUACAAAGAACCACUCAUGGCAGGGACUGGUUCUUUAGUCGAAGAGAUGCGUCGCUAUGAUUUAUUUAUGUCAAGUCAAGGGGUUAUUUGUGAAAAUAUUCGACAUUUUGGAGGAGUAUAUAUGCUGAAUAAAAAUCCUCCUGAAUUUGACCCUGACGGAUCGUGGUAUCUUUGUCUUGAUUCAGAAGUUUCUCUCACCCCUGGAUCAUGCAUUGUUUACUCUAUAGGGAUAAACGAUGAGUGGACAUUUGAUGAUAGCAUAGCAAACUUUGGUUGCCGAGUUUAUGCAUUUGAUCCAACAAUGAAGAAAGAAAGCCAUCUUCGUUCGCCGUUUAUACAGUUCUUUAAAGUCGGCUUAGCAGAUGUUGAUUCAGAAGGAACUCCGGGAGAAUCGGGCAGAGCUGGAUGGAGAACUAGGACGUUGAAAUCUAUAAUCACCGAGCUUCGUCACGAGAAGAGAAAGAUAGAUGUUUUAAAGAUUGAUAUUGAAUGGGAUGAAUGGAAAUGUUUACCCCAAAUGUUGUCAGAUGGAACAUUACGAAAAUAUGUGAAACAACUUGAUGUUGAGUUUCAUGUUGUGGAUCACACACCACUUGGUGUUCGUCGAUAUUAUGGAAUAGUUAAAUGGCUUGACAGACAAGGAUUUAAAAUAGCCAAUAUGCAUAGAAACAUGUAUUGUAGAGAGUGUUAUGAAACUACUUUUAUCAAUACAAAUCUUAUUAAGUUGCCACUUCGAUAAUAUUCAUUGAAGAGGUAACUUAAUAUAGGAUUUGUAUUGAUAAAAGUACGUCGAGAUUACGUAACUAUGUCAGUUUUACAACAUAGAAAUCUGUCUGGUUAGAUAUUU